AUGGUAUUUUCUCUUUGUUGCUUCCUGGGGCCCAGUUCUGUUGACUCUAGUCCUCCCACCCCCAUUCCUCCCCACCUCAGUUCUGUUGACUCUAGUCCUCCCACCCCCAUUCCUCCCCUCCUCAGUUCUGUUGACUCUAGUCCUCCCCUCCUCAGUUCUGUUGACUCUAGUCCUCCCCUCUUCAGUUCUGUUGACUCUAGUCCUCCCCUCCUCAGUUCUGUUGACUCUAGUCCUCCCCUCUUCAGUUCUGUUGACUCUAGUCCUCCCCUCCUCAGUUCUGUUGACUCUAGUCCUCCCCUCCUCAGUUCUGUUGACUCUAGUCCUCCCCUCUUCAGUUCUGUUGACUCUAGUCCUCCCCUCCUCAGUUCUGUUGACUCUAGUCCUCCCCUCUUCAGUUCUGUUGACUCUAGUCCUCCCCUCUUCAGUUCUGUUGACUCUAGUCCUCCCCUCCUCAGUUCUGUUGACUCUAGUCCUCCCUCCUCAGUUCUGUUGACUCUAGUCCUCCCCUCCUCAGUUCUGUUGACUCUAGUCCACCCCUCCUCAGUUCUGUUGACUCUAGUCCUCCCCCCCAUUCCUCCCCUCCUCAGUUCUGUUGACUCUAGUCCUCCCACCCCCAUUCCUCCCCUCCUCAGUUCUGUUGACUCUAGUCCUCCCACCCCCAUUCCUCCCCUCCUCAGUUCUGUUGACUCUAGUCCUCCCCUCUUCAGUUCUGUUGACUCUAGUCCUCCCCCUCUUCCUCCCCUCCUCAGUUCUGUUGACUCUAGUCCUCCCCUCCUCAGUUCUGUUGACUCUAGUCCUCCCCUCUUCAGUUCUGUUGACUCUAGUCCUCCCCUCCUCAGUUCUGUUGACUCUAGUCCUCCCCUCCUCAGUUCUGUUGACUCUAGUCCUCCCCUCCUCAGUUCUGUUGACUCUAGUCCUCCCACCCUCAUUCCUCCUCGCCUCAGUUCCAAGAUGCCAAAUUAUUCGAAGCUAUUGAAAGAAGUGUUUUAGAUUUAUUGUGAAGAUUGUGGCGUCUCAGUGACACAACUAUCAGGGGCACCAAGCUGUUUGGCAUGUAAACCGAUUUCAUGUUUUCAGAUCUACAAUCCACAAUAGCUGUUGUAGGAGGCUUUAUGUUAUGCUUAGUAUUUCAACUGUUUUUAAUAGCAUGUGUUUUGCCAGUUAAUCAGUCAUCUCUGGGUAACAACUUACUUUCAAAUUACACUGUACAUUUCCACGUUUCAAAUGUGUGUCAUGAGGGACCUGAUGGACCUGUCAUUAUUCACCAAUACAGACAAUAACACCACGUAUAAGAACAGGAAGGCCCCUUUAUUACGGAGAGCACCUGAUGGACCUGUCAUUAUUCACCAAUACAGACAAUAACACCACGUAUGAGAACAGGAAGGCCCCUUUAUUACGGAGAGCACCUGAUGGACCUGUCAUUUUUGAC